AUUUUAAUUAACAUUUUCAUAUGAACUAAUGGCGUGUGUGUACUUUUAUCAAAAUUAUGAAAUUAAUUUCUCUAUUUUCUAUUUGUGCUUUGGUGUUUUUAGUACAAAAUGUCAACAGCAAGCCCGAUUAUUUCACAGCUUUUGUGAUCAGAAUAGGAAUAAAUACAGCUUUAGCCUCUCUAAGAAGAUUAAGUUCCAUAACUCUUUUACGGAAAAUUUCCUUAAGUACUCCAUCAAUUAUUAGUCCUGUAAUAACAGAUACUUUUGAAAUAAAGAAUGUGUCUAUUUAUGGGUUUUCCACUUUAAAAUACAAUACCAGAGUGUUUGUCGACAAUGAAGUAGAAAAUAAUGUUACAGUGAGGACCAUAAAUGUAAAUUUAAAUACAUCUCUUGCCGAAUUUGGUAUUAAUGCUGAAUAUUUAAAGGAUAUAAAGGUCUUUACACUAUUCCAUGUCUAUGGUGAAGGAGAUUUUAGGUUUGGUAUAGAUAAUAUAGUAUUAAAAUUGAAUGUGACACUUAAUAAUAGAGGGUCACUCCAUAUACAAGACUUAAAAAUUAAACUUUCCUUUGGUGGUUCCAAUGGCACUCACAUAACUGGAUUUCAAAAAAAUAAAACUCUUAGCAAAUACCUAACAGCGAUCAUAAAAAAUCUUCAAAGGAACUUUUACUUUUGGUACUAUCGAAAUAAAAUAUGUACCGAAUGUUUUCUUAGUGAAUCUUUAAAAUUUGGCACAAAUAUUCUUCUGAGACAAAAAGCUGUUAAAUAUAACCGAUGUAGAUGUUUAAAGGAAAAUGGAUCUGAAAUAAUUAGAAAACUCGAAAAUAUAAUUGAAAUGUUACAAGACGGUAAGUUGUCAAAGAAAUUUCCUCUAACGCCGCAACUUAAAAACCAGCUAAUUCAAAUGGUUAAAAAUGUAUUGAAGCAAAACAACAUAACGGCUAUGUAUUUUGACAAUGUCCAAAAUUUACUAAACUUAUUUUCAAUAAAUAGUAUUGUAAUUUGAUUGUUGAUUAUGUAAUAAAAAUUCGUUGUAAUUAAAAAUAAAUAUUUAUUAUGUAUCA